UAAGCGACGCUCAUAUACACAUUACUUGCUAAGCCGAAUAAUCUCCUAAAUAGCCAUUUUCUAAUCUCUCUCCUGCUGUUUACACGGCCCAAAGACCGUUAUCGCGUACACGGAACGCGCUCAAAAUGUAUUACCAAUAUUCAUGACGUUCGCAAUGAUUCAUGAACACCGCUUGAUAUACGGCAUCAUAUUUUAUUGUAGAAAAAUAAUGAGAUUGAUAAGUUUUCAUUGUUGACUCGAAGCAUGGAACGUAUGCACAAAACAUUGAGCCGUAACGGAUAUUGGACAAUAAAUCUCAUUGUGUUACUUUGUAAUUUCAAUACAAUUAUUACGGAAUCUUGCCAAUCAAAAAAUAGAACGUCGGCCUUUUUGCCUGCGGAUUGGCCGUGUGGUUGGAUGUCCGGGGAAAUACCUUUCGUCUUUAAUUUUUAUUCAAUUUCUGGUAUACAACGCCUGAUUAGCCUCGUGCAGAAAGGACAUAAUUAUUUGGAGAAGAGAUCAUGUUUAAAGUUUGUAGAAUACGAUCCGAUGUUGGCUGUCAAAAUUAAGAACUUUACGUAUUUGUUUUAUAAUUACUCUGGGGUUUUAGAGAGCUGCUGUUGGCCUUACUACAAUAGGCCCGUUGGACGCAGAAUGGUGCUAAUAACUCCGGUAUGUUCGCUUCCUUCUGAAGUCGCCCACGCCACGCUACACGGUCUUGGACUCGAACAUGCUCGCCACGACUCAUUCAACGAAAUAAAUGCUAAAGCGGCACUUUUCUCUUACCAGUGUCCCGAUAUACAAGUUAAAUUACAGAGCUUUGAAGGUAUUCGCCGUUCAUAAUUUUAAAGACAUAUUUUAAUACAUAUUUACGUAGUUUUGUAAAUG